GAGAGAUAGAGAUAGAAAUAGAGAUAGAGAGAAGAAGCGUUUGGCAUCAACUGAGAAUCCGUAUCUCGAUCUGCUGCGACUGGAAAUUAAGUCGCGAUGUCUACUUUGGAGAUUAUAUUUGAAAUUUUGAUAAGCAUUUUGGCACAUCUUGGGAAACAAUUUUACUAUUUCCUAAACAUCCAAGAAAAUGUGAUGAUUUUACAACGAAAACUGGAAGAGUUGAGUGCCCAUGAAGAGGAUAUAAAAACCCAAUUACAAAGUGCAAAAUCCCAACAUAAAAAGAAUCCAAAGAAAGAGGUAGAAGUAUGGGUGAAAAAUGUAGAUAGAAUUAAAGACGAAGUAUCUACCAUGGGACUUGGAGAAGAUAUCAGAUGCUUGAAAGGGUAUGUCCCAAACUACCUAUGGCGCUUCAAUUUGGGAAAGCUUGUGGUGAAGAAGAUCAAAGAGGUGGAUGAAUUUCAGGAGAAGGGCCAAUUUUCAGGUGGAUUAUUUGUCGAAUGUUCAUCGGCGGAUUGUGAUCAUGAUUCAACGUCGAACGUUCUAUCAGAGCUGAAAAGAAGAGCAAUGGAUAGUUUCCAAAAGAGAUUGAAGUGUCCAUCAGGCAUUCGUAGAGAAAGUUUUGGCACAACAAUGUUUGAUCUUAAGCAACAAGUGAAAGAUACUUUUAGUGGACAUCACGGAUGAGAAGGUUGACAUUUAUCUAUUCAUCUAUGUUUGUUAAACAGCAUAUAUUGGGUGAAUAUGGCAUGCGAAGU